CACUAUGUCACAUUUCAAGGUGCACUUCUAAUCAAUUUUUUUUUUUAUACUCACCGCUCGAACUUGAAAAGCAAAAGCAAUCCGACCAACACUUCACCACAACCCUGGUUAGGUUGGUUUUAUAACUUUCAUCUUCAUCAUUCGUGCACCAUAUUAAAAAAAUUCAAACCAUUUUACUACUCUCCGCAGAGCUGAACCCUUAAAGACUUCAGUCGCUUUUUCCCCUUGCUUUGUGUCCGGUGAAUUCUAGGGUUUCGCCUAUUCUUCAACAAUGGAUUGGGGAACUGUAACCACAGAGGAUCUAAUUGAGGCUUUACGCGAAGUCGAGUGGUCAUCUCCACCACGUCCCUUCUCUGAAUUCUUCUCUCGCUUCACUUUCCCCCGAUCUUAUUCCAAAUGGAACAGUCGACUCAAGUGUAAUCUCUACUAUUACAGGACGAAUUACUUUAUUAUGAUUGUGGCUAUUCUUGCAUUGGGGUUUCUAAGGAAGCCACUUGCAAUUGUUGCUGCGCUUUUGACAGCGCUUAGUAUUGCUUUUCUAAAUGACAGUUUUGCAGGUACUUUUAGUGAAAAAGUGACAAGAACUGUCAGACAGUUUUCACCUCAUUUAGCUGCAAAAAUGAGGCCUGCACUCACGCCGGUUAUUCGAGGGCGUCCAUCCACUAAAAGAGCAAUAUUCAUUUGCGGAAGGCCUCGUUGGGUGUUUGUCUUUGUAUUCUCUAUAGUGAGUUUCUUCCUCUGGUUUGUUUCCUGUGGCCUCUUAACCGUUCUUUGGGCUUUUGGCAUAGGUCUUCUUGCCACUCUUGCUCAUGCAAGCUUCAGGAGUCCUAAUUUGAAGGCUCGCCUCAAUACAUUUCGUGAAGAAUUCCGAGCUGUCUGGCGCAACUAUAGUGAGCUGUAGCUUCAGUUGAGUUCCGCUUGCUCUGCCAAUCUGCAAUUAGAUGUACUGAUUCACUCAUUGUAUUUUUCGUUGGCUUUAUCUGUAAAUUAGCAUUGUCUAAUCAGCCUUGAAAUAGUAACAAGUAUGUGGUUCAGCAGUUUACAUGCUUGUGGGAUAAAGUCUGUUUUCCUUUCUCAAAAGAAAAGGAAAAUACUUGUCGAUCCUGUACUUCUGAUUAAGAAAUGCUUACCUACUUGAUUAAGAAAUUACUAGUGAAAUGUUGAUGUGAUAGCCAAAUGGAUUGAUCUGUUUAGUGGAAGUUUAGAUAUAAGCUAAAGAUCAUAUGAACUACAACAAGGCAUUGUUUUUGGUGUCUGUCUGAGAUAUUUGUAUAGGAGUUAGCCGUACAAUGUAUUAGUUUCCUUUGUACCUA